CACCGGUUUUAAAAACAUCAUGAAAAUGUUUGAGCAGAAACUAUGUGCUAUUUUGUGGUCAGACAUCAAGAUAUGAACUCUAAACUUAUUAAAUAAUGUGCCAAAAUUAACAUGGAUAAACCAUCAACAGUUUUAGGCCCAUAUAGGGCAACACGUUUGUGGAAUGAUAUUAUAAGGACAUUUAGAACACAGAUGCCAAUUGGUCGCCACAGGCGGCAUAUGCGUACAUUUGACAAUUGUUUUGUGGCUUCGGAUGGAGUAGAUUGGUUACAUGGUUGCCUUGUCAGGAACCCAAAUUUUGGUCCUGAAGUAACUAGGUCUCAAACGAUUCAGUUGUUGGACAAGUUCUCUAAGGCUGGUGUGUUUGAGGAGGUGAAAACUAGGAGCAGCAGAGAACCAUUUGAGGACAAUGGCAGACUUUACAGAUUCACCCAUUCAUCUCCUAUUAAGAGUCUGCGGACUCCACUGUCUACACGUACCAACACAAUUCGUCAUAAUCCAAACACAGGAGGUGCUAAGAUUGAUCCUGAUAAGCUGAAAACUGUGACAUGUGUACCAGAGACAGGGAUACCACAAUGCCGCCUUGUGGCUAAGAAAUUGACUAAUGAUGAAAUUGAAGAGAUUUGGAAAACUAUGUACAUAGCCAGAGUUGACAAGGUGCUAGGAAUGAGCUGCACUGAUGGCAUUCUGAAUGAUGACCAAAUUACCACAAAACACAUAAUUCACAAUAUGACUCUCGUUAGCAAAAAUGGAGUCGUCAGCAAUAUUAAAAAAGAGGAUCAACUUCCCCAUUGGGUAAUGUCAGCAAUGAAAUGUCUCGCACAAUGGCCUGAUAGGAUUGAGGAAGGCCUACCAAACUACCCAGGGUUUGAGAGGGAUGUCUUCAAAGUUGUGCAAGACUACUUUAAGAACCUUCAAGAACCUUUAGUCACUUUUCAGCUUUAUGAUGUCUUUGCUAAUAUACUAUUACGUGGUGAGAACCUGAACAAAUGUGCCAACAACAAUGAUUCAGUUGACAGCAACAGCUUUGGCUCAAGACCUGGCUCAAGUUUCCGAUUCCCAAGCCGCCUGGCUUCAUUCGGUUCUGUUGAGAACCUUCUAAUGAACAUGACAAUGAAUGCCCAGUCUUCAAUGCUGGAGCCAGACACCCAACCUGAUAAAAUGACCCACCAUCCAAGUGGAGCCAGUUUAGAACUUUCUAAAAUCAAUGCUGUUCCUGAAAGAGAUUCAAUAUCAGAACAAUAUGAUAGUAGUCCACGCUUGAAAUUUGAGACUGCAUUUUUCGGGCCUGACAACGAGGCUGUUACUCGUGUGUAUGAAACACGGGAAUUGUUUGAACGACAAGCUGCACAGGGAACCUCUCAGCCUUCUAGCUGGUUUAGCAGAGGCUCCAUCUAUUCCACUUCCAAAUAUGGUAGCACUUCAAAUUUCGAUUCUCUUAGAAAUGUUCAUACUGACUAUAACUCCCCAGAUUCUAACAUAGCUUAUGCCCAAAAAUAUUACUCAACCACUAACCUACUUGGUAACAAUGGUAACAACCAGGAAUAUGUUAACGGUAAUAAUCAUAUCCGUCAUUCACAGAGGUAUUAUUCCACAUCUGACGUCAACAAGGAUCAUGGGAAUCAUUUUCAAUCUGGUACCUUGGGUCAAAGAUAUGCAAAUACUGACUCUCUGAGUACCUUGGGUAGCCAAGAUUUGAGGUUUCAAUCUACAAACACUCUCGCUAAUGAAGUGUUUGUUGACGAUUAUGGGUACCAAGUGCCUAUAAGACCACCAAGGCAAAGUAUAACAAAUCCACCCAGACAUAACUCUGCACCAGGGACACCACAACAAAGACACAUGUACAACCAGGGGACACCACUCAGUCGUGGAUUCCAGAAUACAGGGGGCCAGGGUCAUUACCAGGGGAUCUCCUCCAAUCAAUAUGAGUACCAACGGGGCACCCCACCAGUGUAUAAAGCACCCCCACGAUACAACACUGGCAAUGUUAACCAUCAACCUGUGCUAUGUGGAGCAACACUACGUGACCACAAUAUUAACACUAGCCAUAACAACACAGGGGGUUCAAGUUCAAGCUAUCACUCGGCACAGAGCCACCUCUCAGGGGAUCAUUCAUUGGCAAAUAUAAGCAACCAAUCAGUCGCAUCCACCCCCGAUGAAGCCCUACAGUUUCAACGAAGAUUAGCCAUGCCAUACCGCACCAAGUCUGGAUUUUCUCAAAGGGAGAAUGAGUUGAAUGUGCACCUGCAUGAGACCCCUACUAACAGCAGGCCUUCUCUUGGAAGUACUACAAGUCUCUACUCUCCUGGAGGCCACAGCAGAAUACAAGAAUCCCUGCAGAUGGCCUGCCUCCUAAUUCCACCAGCCAACAGACGUAAACUCCAUCUAUUGUUCAGGUUGAUGACUAGGAUGUCUGAAAACCCAAAACUCCAAGACUUGGAGCCCAACUUGCCAACAAGAAGUUUGAUGUUACAGACAUUUACACGAUGUAUCAUCCGGAGUGAAAAAGAGGCUGACCUUGACGAGCAGAUGACAUUGAGGCUGGUCACAUUUCUGUUGGAUAACUACUCAGAAAUCCUUAAAGUUCCAGAGGACUUCAAACUUGAUACAGAGAACAAAAUAGCACAUGUUAGAAGAUCAAGGAUAAUGUAUUCCUCCGUUCAAGACAAAACCAAUCAGGUCACUUAUUGUGAACAAAUUUCGCAGGACGAAUAUGAGUCGCAGAAACUGAGUUCCUCCCAAUUGGCGAUCGCUAGUCUGCUUGAUGACAUCAUCAACCAUCCACGAAUGAGUGAGAAAGACAAGAAGAAGAAACUGAAGCAGUUCAAACUUACAUACCCUGCUGUCUAUGAGAGAAAGUUUCCUACGCAUGCACUGGAAAAAGAAGCGCUUCCAAAAAAACCGAAAAUCAAGAAACCCCUGCUGAUUACUCAAUCCUUGUCAAAGUUAAAAGCAAUGAGAUUCUAGAAACAUAUAGAUACAACUGAACUGCUUUUUCUCAUUUUCUCAUUUAUGUAAUUGAGAAACUAAAUUCACUUGAAGAAUGAAUGCAUUUUAGUAUAAUCAGAUAUUAUUGUAAUAUCUUAAUAAUAAGUAUAAUUUUACAUUAUAUAGUCAUGCAGUUUACCUCAAAAUAGUUGUAUGUUCAAAUGUGUUCAAUGUUUCUACCUUGUUACAAAGUUUUCAAAUAGUUUUGUCAAUAAAUUAUGUACAGUUGUAAAUAAUCAAGAGCAUUUUGUAAUAUUUUCAGCAAUUUAUUAGAUGUUAUUUAGUGGAAUUCAAUUUUUGUAGAAACAUCAUAUGAUUCAAUGUCAUUUCUUUAAAUGAUAUAAUGAUACUAAGACUUAUUUGGAAUGAAUCUGUUUAUAUUUCAGUUUUUCUUUAUAAAUGGCAACACAAAACAAAUCAAGUAAAACAUUACUUGUUAUAGUACUUUAUGAAUGAUUUAAUAGGUUGGGUGUUAGUCCCACAUUGUGACAAGGUGUACUUCAUUAGACUGUGCAAUGGUAUUUAUAGUGUAUACUUCUUGCACUUUUAGGUGUAAUUAGUAAUAAUCAGAGAGUGAGAAUGUUCUAAACAAAGUAUUUUUUAGUUGAUGUGUUCACUUUAUCAUUUUAGUUCAUAUGUCUGAAAUUGUCAUUGUAACACAUACACUUCCAGAGUAUAUUUCAUAUGUGAAGAAGAUCUGUUGAAUAAUUUAAAACAUGUAAGAUUCACAUGCAUUAUUUUGCUGAUGAUUUGAUUAAGUUUCACAAAUUAGUAAUGCUACCAAUUAUACCAAUGGAAUCUGGCUCGAUGUGUUCUUAGUCCAGUAUUCCUGUUACAUGUUUUGUUAUAUUCAAAUAUCAAAUUCUGUUCAUUUGUCAAAGCAUGUUAAAUUCAUAAGCAUGAUAAUCAUUAUUAGAAAAUGUUUAAUUUAUGUAUGUAUUAUGUAUAUUUGUAUGUUAUGUAAAUAUGUGUAUAAAAUACCAUAAAAUAUAGUAUAUAUAUAAUUAUAGUCUGGUAUCAAGUCUUUGUGUUAGUUCCCUUUCUUAGAGAGGGAAAGACAGUUCUAGUUGUAGGCUUAGAAUUUAAGACUAUAAUUCAAGACUAUAGUUCAAAUUCAAAAUAGACUGGUAGAUAAAAUACUUUUACAAAGGGUGAUCUUUUUCAUUCUUUUUUCAAAGGUAUAAAUAAUUACAAGCAUCUUUACUUUUAGUGUAUACAAACUAGACCCCAAAUUAUCAAUUUAUAACUCAGGUGCUUUAUCUCCCAUUUUUAUGUGACAAAGUUGUACUAAAACUAUAAUAGUUAUGAUAAGUGUAUCAGUCGUGAUACUACAGACAAAUAGAAUGCA